AUGCAGGUUUCAUGCCCCUCAUCGCCAAAUGAACUUUGGAGAUAUCAGGGGUUCGCAGUUUAAAAACUCGUACAGUACGUCUCUUAGCUUUACUACGAUGACCAUGGAAAAUUCUGGGCGACAGAUGUUUCUGAAGGUAGAUUAACGUACGAUUUUCUUGGAGGGAUCCUCUGAAAUUGUUCACGUGAGAGUAAUAUGCGUGCAAAUAUAUAUACAUAUAUAAUGUCUAGAAGAGAAUUGUAGAAAUGCCUCGGAAUUCCAUGUCAGGACUUCUUUACCUUUCGUCACUUUUCCUCACCCAUCUACAAUGAUCUGUCUCUCUCCCUCUCUCUCUCUGCCUCUGACUCCCUGAUUAUAUAUCCGCGCAAGUACUAACAUGGUUAUGUAUUCUACCACAGCCUUCGAUUGUCUUUUAAUGUUAGAUUCUUUCUCCGAAGGACAUCUGUUCAAGCGAGCGUUGAAGAGCACUAACAUCCUCUGCAGUACCGGUCUGACGGAAGACAGGGGGAACCAAUUUUCAAUAAGCGAGAGAUAGUCUUCCUUGUUCCUCCUGCUGGGUUUUUCCUGUAACUUGUGAGGUGAUCUCGCCGGCGACGUCUUAACUGCCGUCGUCUCUCCGGCGAGUUUCUGACAAUUUUGCUCGCCAGCCUAAACUGAAAGUUGAACAUAAAUUAAAAAAGUGAAAUUUACCGGAAGGAGUUUGGUCAUUUCGCUAGAAAACGAACAAGAAAACGAACCAAAGAGAGAAAUGAAUAGUUCGACGGCAGCCAGCCAUUCCGCCGUACAGCUAAGGAUCGGAUCCUCCCUGCGUAAAAUGCAGCCCACGGAAUCCUCCGCAUUAUGAUUGUCAAGGUAGGUCCCCCCGUGCCAGAUCAUAUGCGAUCCGCAGACCAUGAUGGAUCAUCGACAAGGAACUACUCCGUAGAAUGGGGUAACAGCUCAAGGAAGAGUAUCCGGUUCACCAUCCGCAGGGCAUCGCCAAGGUGCUUUCUAUGACACGAGGUAAUAUUGAUCAACAAUGCUCUUGACCUCUCCUUUGGAUCUAGUAGGAACCCCUGAGACGCUGCGGACACGAUCCUCGAACAUUAUGGAAAGUAGAUAGCCUCAAUUGCGAAUGGUCAAUUCGAACUUUGUCUCUUUAUUUAUGAUCCUCAUGUUCUCUGACUCAGAGAAUGGCUUCCUUCCGGUCAAGUUGACUAUAAAGUGGCGAGCACAGGUUACUGAAGGCUGACAAAUGAAUUCCAUCUGUCGAUGACACCCGUAGAGCGUCCUUUCGGUUUCCUCGUAGUUCGUCAUUUUGUACGUGCGAGUAAAGAUCUCGCGGGGACAUUCAUCCUUUGAUCUCUCUCUCUCUCUCUCUCUCUGCACCCAGCUGUCGUAGUUGCUCCGAAGGAUCAGCAAGCGUAUCUUUCUCAGGUUGCAUCAACGGCCCUUUUCCCGCUGUUUUUUCUCUCUAUAUCUGUAUAGCCGCACUUAA